UGGAGAGGCUGCCGCGCCUUGGCCACAGCCAGACCUCGAGGCCAGGCCUGGGUGGGAGUGGCAGCGGCGGCGGCGGGAGAGAGAGAGAGAGAGAGGGCUUCCCCCAGCCGCGUCAUCCGAAGGGGCUGGGACCUGAGACCCCCCGCCCCGCCCGCCCGCCUUGCAUGCAAAUCUCGCGCCCGGUCGCCUCCCGAGCAUGGCUCCUGGCCCACGCGCUCCUUAAAACGCUUGGCCUCCAGUCCAGCCAGAGGCAGCAGGGCCUUGGAUGGGGCCAGGGGAAGAGGAGGAGGCGGCGGCGGCGGCAGCGGCAGCAGCAGGCAGGCACGAGAAACCCAGGCAGGAGGCAGCACGGCGGGGCGAGUCCAGAGGACAAGCUCCCGACCUCCUUGGGCUAUAAACCAGAUUGCUGCUGCUGGGUGUUCCCCGUUACCCUCGGCGAGGCAUAUAUAGACGCGCGGAGAAAGAUCCGGCGGCACAUCCGCGCGCCUUGCCUGCUGGCGAGCUCUCCCACAAGCUGAGUCGCCCAGGACUGCGAGGGCCACCUCACGAUGCACUCCACGAAGCCCAAGAACGGGGAAGGGCAGAAGGGGCAAGAAGCCUGCCCCGAGAGGAAAGGGAGGAUGUCUCUUGUCCUUGCCCUGGUCACCCUGAUCGCUGCCUUUGGGUCCUCUUUCCAGUACGGUUAUAAUGUCUCCGUGAUCAACUCUCCAGCACCGUUCAUGCAAGAUUUUUACAACGAAACCUACUUCGCGAGGAAUGGGGAGUACAUGGAGAAGGGCUUGAUGACGGCCCUCUGGUCUCUCACGGUGUCUUUCUUUCCACUUGGAGGCUUCUUCGGGUCACUUAUGGUUGGCCCCAUGGUGAACAAAUGCGGGAGAAAGGGCACCUUACUGAUCAACAACGUCUUCUCCAUCAUCCCUGCCAUCCUCAUGGGAGCCUCCAAGGCAGCAAAGACGUUUGAAGUGAUCAUCGUCUGUCGCAUCAUCAUUGGGAUAUGUGCAGGCCUGUCUUCCAACGUUGUGCCCAUGUAUCUUGGAGAGAUGUCCCCCAAAAACCUCAGGGGAGCUGUCGGGGUGGUGCCACAGCUCUUUAUCACCAUUGGGAUCCUGACAGCUCAGAUCUUGGGGAUGCGGAUGAUCCUGGGAAGCUCUGACGGCUGGCCAGUACUCCUGGGUCUCACUGGGGUUCCUGCAGCCCUGCAACUUCUUCUGCUGCCUUUCUUCCCCGAGAGUCCAAGAUACUUGCUGAUCCAGAAAGGAGAUGAAGAGGGAGCUAAAGCAGCUCUGAAGAAGCUAAGAGGCUGGGACGAUGUGGAGGACGAGAUGGAAGAGAUGAGGCAGGAAGACCUGGCCGAGAAAGCGGAAGGGCGGAUGUCCGUGAUUACCCUCUUCACCUACCGAGGUCUCCGCUGGCAGCUUAUCUCUAUCAUCGUGAUGAUGAUGGGACAGCAGCUCUCCGGAGUGAACGCGGUCUAUUACUAUGCCGACCGGAUCUACGAAAACGCGGGUGUGGCAAAGGACCAGGUGCAGUUCGUCACCGCCGGAACAGGCGCCGUCAACGUUGUCAUGACCAUGCUUGCGGUGCUCAUUGUAGAAGCCCUGGGGCGCAGAAUUCUGCUGCUGCUUGGUUUUGGGAUCUGCUGUGUCUCCUGCGCUGUGUUAACCUUGGCUCUGAAUCUGAAGACUAUCGAAUGGAUGCCGUACCUCAGCAUAGCCUGCGUCAUCUGCUACGUCAUUGGACACGCCAUUGGUGCAAGUCCUAUUCCGAGUGUGAUGAUCAUAGAGAUGUUCCUUCAGUCCUCCCGCCCCGCGGCAUUCAUGGUUGGAGGGUCAGUUCACUGGCUUUCCAACUUCACAGUGGGUCUGGUCUUCAGUUAUAUGGAGGAAGGGCUCGGGCCUUACUGCUUCCUCAUCUUCUGCGGGAUCUGCUUGGCCACCGUCAUUUACAUCUUCCUCAUCGUCCCCGAAACCAAGAAUAAGACAUUCAUGGAGAUCAACCAAAUCAUGGCCAAGAGGAACGGCAUUGAGGUGGAAGCCAACAAAGAGGAACUCAAGGAUUUCACAGAGGAUUCGGUGCCUUACAGCAAGAAAGUCGAGGCAAACAGCACUCUGUGAGGUGUCUCCGCCCUUGCGCAGGACUGGCUAUAGUUUAUUUUCCCUUUUGGUUUGGGACUCAUGGUCUUGAUGGCGUCUGCCAUUUCCAUUCGUAUUUCUCCACAUUGUCGUGGGCUGGGUGUAAUGCUCUUUCCUAACAAUACCUUUUCAAUAUGGGCAAAAACGCACAAAAAGACCCAGGAGGUUGCCUUUCUUUCGGGCUCGUGGCGUUUGCAAUCUGCGGACGCUUCACCUACAGAAGAUGCUCACUUUGAACAGAAGAGCCUUUUUGGAGAGCAGCACGGAGCAGAUCCUUUCUGAAACGCUGCAAAGCUUAUCAACAUGGCUGGAUAUUUGCUUUGCAGAUACAAAGACGUUGGCAAAGUGAUUCCCUACCAGAUGGGUGCUUAGGAAACUCUCCCGUGACCUUAAAUGCAGUCUUAGCUGGACCUUCACUGUAUGACUGAGCCAAUGGGAAUUUCAGGUAAGGGGAGUGGCUGGCUUCCCACACACCUGCUUGUGGUGAAAGUGUAAAACAAUCACCUGUGAAAUUUCACUUGUGACCUCACCUUGGAGGCCCCAAGACUCCGAACUUUUCAAUGACAAGAGUGUCAAGAAAUCUCCUGUUUCCUUGACACUGUCAGGAAAGCAUGUCUUGCCUCUGUGCCUUUCCCACGAGUAGAAGACACUGAAAUUACUUGUGUCCUCUGAAUUAUAGCCCUGAAAAUAUCCUUGAGAUGUGACGGAAGAUUUCCUCAGGUCAGCAAAGAUACUUGGUGGGGGUGGAGGGCAGGAAAGAUGUAUAAAGUGUUUUCUUCAGUUGCCAAGUUUAUAUAUACAUGGGGAAAGAGAAAAGGAAACACAAAAUGUUUUAAUAGCAGGAUCAAACAGUUAGGGAAUAAAAGGCAUGUAUAGUCUGUGACAAUGUAAAGCUUACAUGUACACAAGAUAAGCACAGCAGCUGUUCACGACAGCAGUCAUGGAUGUUUUUGUGUAAACCACCCUGAGCCAUUUUUGGAAGGGCGGUAUAUAAAUUAAAUAAAGAAGAAGAAGAAGAAGAAACUCCUCCUAGCUUUGCCAAGUUAAUUAACACUGGAAUGUGUUCUAUAUGUUUAAGCUUUCCAUCGGAUUUUCACAGACUGGAAAAGAAAUGAGAAAUGAGCAUUUCAUGUCCAUUUGGCCCUCUGGUUUACUUUCUUUUAAAUUUAUCCUCAUGUAUAUUUAACUGGCCAACGGAGGACAGUAUUUCAUUCAUCUGAUGAAGUCGAUUGUGGAUGCUGAUACAAAUGUAGAUGCUGAUAACUUAUGCUACAAUGCAUUUGUCAGUCUUGGGAACAUAGGAAGCUGCCUUCUACCAAGUCAGACCCUUGGUCUGUCUAGCUCAGUCUUGUCUACCUAGACUGGCAGUGGCUUCUCCAAGGAUGCAGGCAGGAGUCUCUCUCAGCCCUGUCUGGAGGUGGUAGGGAAGGAACUUGGAACUGUCUCCAUGCAAGCACGCUGAUGCUCUUCCCAGAGCGGCCCCAUCCCCUAAGGGGGAUAUCUUACAGUGCUCAGACAUGUAGUCUCCCAUUCAAAUGCAACCAGGGUAGACCCUGCUUAGCAAAGGGGGCAAUGCAUGUUUGAUAGACCAGAUCUCCUCCCAUAAGAUGCCACAAGAUGUUGUUUUUAGACUAGCAUGGCUACUUCUCAGGAAGUUGAUGUAAGAAAAGGCAUUGGCCAGCUAGAACUGGAGCAAUGGAUACCUAACCAUUGCUGUAUCAUGUGAAAACCUGUGCCUUACCGUAGAGAUUGUGCAUUGGGACCAGCUUUUGUCCCUGCUAGUGGGGGAUAUCUACAGCACAGCUUGGAGCCCCUUCAUCGCAUUUCCUCCCGCACCAAAGAUGUCUGCAGUUCCUCUUAUUGAGAAAUAAGAGAAUGGGGCAUGUGACGACCAUGUUCUGUGAGUGGAAAGCUGUGAAAUUCAACCCAGGGGUGAGGCUGGCAUUUGUGACUCUCCAAGCCUAAAAAAAGAACCCUCUCCAAAGCCUCAAACUCGACAGGGUCACUAAUGAGAUCUCAUUAGGGCCCAAAAUAACAUUGGAAGUCCUUUCUGCCUUGUGGUGAAGAGUGGGGAGGCAAAAGAUUCCAAAUGUCUCAAGAAGGCAGCCCGGUCCGGGCAUUAUGUGCACCUGCAAUCAGAUGUCUGCACACCUGUACAAGCUUUUGCGUAAAAUGAUAGUGCUCCAGGCCAUGUGUGGGGCUGGCCACCUGGUGCACCUCUUGCUGGUCAAUAACGCUGAUGAGCCAGAGUGAGCAGUGGGCCCCUGAGCAUGUGCAGAGAGGCGGGCAGCUGCUAAGGAGCAGGCCUACCAGCUGCUGCGCCCACUGCGGUGGUGAAAAUGGCAAAGAUUGGCAGCAGACCGCUUGGGGAGGCCCCCCAGGACAUUUGGAGGCCCCCCCCUUGUGAGGCCACAGACCAGAGCCUCAAGGUCCCAGAGUAAGAGCACUGACUGUUCCUGUGUACAGAUCCUGUGCCUGCAUGCAGUGUACACAGAUUGUAUGAGUGUUGAACACAUGAAUGGGGCAGAGUCUCUUAGCACAGGGUUGAAUCUCAGGUCCUCUGCAUCGGCAUCUGCCGCCAGGAUAAAACCGUCAUCAUUAAAACAAUAUGGUGCCUUAACGUCCUGAUCUGAGUCUAACUUAGGACCAAUCUAAGCCUCAGGUUAAGAGUCUCAUUUUUGCAGAUAUGUGUGUCCCCAACCCACCCACCCAAAGAGGAGCCGUGGAUCGCAGGAACAAUCUUGGCAGUCCUGUACUGCAAAUAGCAGGGAGCUUUUAACUUUUUGCUCUUGCCCCACUAAUACAGAUCGGGCCCCUCUGCAUGGAGCUAUUAAAGAAAACACACACCCAUAUACACAACCAAACUGGGAUCAGUUAAGAUCCUCACAAAACACAUUAAAUGGAACGGACGGGAUUGGGGAUUGGAUUCAGUGCCCAGCCCUGUUCAGACAAUACGUUGUACCUGCAUUCUGAUGUCUGUACACACGUACCCGUUUUUUGUGUGAAUGACUGCACCCAUGUUGAUUUUAAAAGCAGACCUGGGUACAGGCCUUCUGAAAUGCAGGAUACGGGCAGGAGGUGUACCACCGUACCUGCCUUCAACAUAACGUGUGAAUAACUGUACUCGUAUACAGAUCUACACCCCUGGACAGUGUGCACAGACUAGAAUAGGGCUGUCGUGGCUACAUGAUCCCACCUGGUGAUUCCUUGCACCGCUAUAUUAGUAGCUGUGGACAACAACAACAACAAGCUUCCUUUUAAACCUAUCUGAGCAACCCGAAAACCUGAGAAGCUGGUUUCGCUCCAGGUUGUGUUUUCCUAACCAUGGCUAACCAUGGAAGUGCUUUUAAGAUGUGAUGGGAAUGUGGUGGUGUGUUAAACUGCAGUCAUUGCACUCGGAGGCGAGGCUAGACUGUGGUGCACCUUUUCUUUACUCUGUAGAACCUAGUGGGAAGUCUAGCUAAUCACAAUAAUGACUGGUCUUCGUUUGGUGGUGUUGGUUGUUUUUGAACAAAACAGUAUUUGUCUACAGGAGAGGGUGUAUGGCAAAACCUAUGCUGUUGUAAAUAUAGUGGAGUGGGCUUGUGUGUGUUUUUUCGCUUUUGUUUCACAAAUGAUCUAUUGGUGGUUUUUUGUGUUUGUUUGUUUUAAAUGGAGCCACAAUAAAAGCCAUUUUAUAAAAAAUCUGGAAA